GAUGGCUGAAUUUGUUCAACAAUCCAUGGAGCAAAUGCUCCCAGAGAUACAACAACUUCGCAGAAUCGGACUAAUGAGUAAAGAGGAGACGAAUACAUUGAUUCGACGACGAAAGCAAUACGAAUACAAAUUAAGACGGAGAACCAGAGAGAAACGAGAUUACAUCAAAUACAUCAAAUACGAGAUGAACGUAUUAGAUUUAAUAAAGAAAAGACGAAAAAAAAUAGGAUAUAAUCAUAAAUUGUUGGAAAUUGAUAUUCAAAUUGUUAAAAGAAUUCACAAGUUAUUUCGAUUGGCCGAAGCAAGAUUCCAAGAUGACGUUAAAUUGUGGCUCUCUCAUAUUGAUUUUGCCAAAACACGUAAAGAGAAGACAAUAACUGGAAAAAUAUAUGCUCGAGCAUUGCAGACUCACAGCAGAAAUUCCAGUUUAUGGAUUGGAGCAGCAAGGUAUCAAUUUUAUACUGUAGAAAAUAUGGAUUUGGGGAGAACCUUAUUUCAAAAAGGUCUCCAUAUCAAUCAAGAAUCAGAAGAGUUAUGGUUUGAAUACUUCAAAUCAGAAAUGUGUUUUACAGAGAAAAUGAUGGAACGUGCCGAAAAGUUAGAAAAGAUCAGUAGAUCUACACAAAAUUCAAAUGAUGCUAUUUUGAACGCCAAGCUUCCUAUACUUGUCUAUAACAAAAUGAUUGAAGCUCUCCCUAAUUCAAUGACAAUACUUUUUAAAAUUGCCAGUUAUUGCUCAUCUUACAAGUGGGGAAAUCGUGUUGAAAGUCAUAUUUUAGAAAAUAUCAAAGAACGCUUUCCUAAAAAUCCUUUGAUCUUUUCUCUUCUUGCAGAAAAUAGCUCUUCGCUAAAUGAAUCUAUAGAACACCUUAAAAAAGGUUUACGCGAAUCAGAUGACAUGAAAAAGAUGUGUUCGAUUUAUGCUGCUUUUUGCUUAAAAAGUGCUACAGAAGAAAAUGUUGAAGAAUUACUUGGAGAAGUUUUCAAUUACGUCGAAUUUCUUGACGAAGAAAGUCUAUGCAAAUGCAUAAUUUGCAUGAAGAAUAUGAAGGGAAAUGAAAAAGCAAUCGAAUUAACGAGUCUCGCAUUAAGAACCCACAAAAAUUCUACGGCUUUAUGGUCAUCAAAGAUUAUGCUCUCUCCUCACCAAGAGACAAGAAAUAUAAUAAAGAAGGCUACUAAUGAAAUCUCCCCUUCGGAUAUUUGGACAGUUUUUGAAACAGCUUUGGAAUUUGUUACAGAUAGUGAAGCGAGCAACGAGGUUUAUUCAUACGUUACAGAUUUCGUGUCAUCUUCGAUCUCAAAUGCUUCUUUGAAAUUAAACUUCUUCCAAUGGGUCGUAGACAAUUCUAGAGAAGUUGAUCAAGCUUAUCAAAGACUAAUAAAGUACUAUCCAAAACCAUCGGGAAUUUAUUCACUGAUGAUUCAGCAACUAAACGAGCCGGAUGUUCAACGAAAAAAGGUGGCGGAAGAGUGGAUACGUGAGCAUCCAAAAACAAUUGAUUCGUGGAUUACCGCUUUAGAAAUAUUUCAAUUGGAUCUCGUUAAGAAAGGUACAAUUUUCCAAAGAGCUUUACAGAGUCUCUCACCAGCCGAUAGUCAAGAACUAAGGCAGCGACUUACUAUUCAAAAGCAAUUUUCAAAUGUAACUACACAAUAUAAUUAA